CACUGGAUACAGGUCCCCUGCAGUGCUUUUGAUGAACCCCACGCCGUUGCGAAUGUGUUUUUAACGCAGGUGGGCAGCGGCGUGGGGAAAUGGGAUUUCCCAUCUGUACCGAGCAAGAUCAGCCUGAUUGGUGAUGAGACGUGUAAGGAUCCGGUGCCGCUGCACUUUGCUGUGCAGCUCACCGACUCCGUCCUCGUCAAGUGGAGCACAUUCCUCUGGCGAGACAGGCUCUACAUCAAGAUCCCUGACGGACUUCUUCCCGAGGGAUCUAAGGAGAGUUUUGUUUCCAUUCUUGAAUACGCGGAAGAGACUCUGGAAUGCUCCGAGGUCCUAAUCUACUUCGAUAAGAACAGAAGUGAUAGAGCCUCCCUCAUCAGAACGUUCAUGUUUCUCGGCUUCUCGGCGGCACCACCUGGCAGCCGGCCGAUCAGAAACGGGAAGGUUGGCAACAACACGAUAUUGAUGGUGUACACGGUGGAGUAAAUCCCAUUUCCCCACUGGCAUCCGUGUUAAGGGUAUAGCGUUCGCAUGCUGCAGUGCACUCCUUGGAAGCAAAGCACGGAGUAAGCGGUUGGAAGCUGCGCUGUCGUUCGACGAACGCGGCGUUUGUUUAGUCGAAGGUUAAUGCUUCGAUGCGUUGACCGGUAGAGUCGCCCUCGUGGUUUUUGGAUCGUGCUAUUUCAUGCCAGCUAGAGCGGCAACUUGACGGAGUUGUCGUUUCGGACAUUCGAGGGGUUUGCGGUGCAUCGUUGAGUGUGACGGGGUGGAUGGUAUGAUGUGUGUAUGUGUGAGCGAGUGAGAGACGGAGAGAGCACGUUCAGCCUGUACCACAGCCACUGCAGUUUGUGUACAUUGGUUCCCUAAACCAGGUUCGACAGAGGUCAAGUCAAAGGGGCUGUGAGAAGAAUUAGGCAUCGCCUAUCAAAAGCACAAGUGUUAAGAAUUCAUCACAAUGCAGCCGCUCACAUAUGAAGCAGGCUACGAAAUUCAUUUGCACAAAUAUGUCAAUGUCACGUGCAUUGUUGGUUGAGUGUCAUUCAUUAUUUUGUCUGGUAUGGCGACUGCUAAUUCUGCCCGUCAUGGCCGUGGUUAAACCAUAUACUGAUAUUUUGUACCCCUGACAAAAAAACUCCAUGGUAAAUAUCCUGAUUUGUAACUGUAAAUUUUCAGUCGUAAAUCUAGAAAGUUGAAACCCUUGAUAAACUGUUGCCAUGACAACCUGCGACUCGCACUCUGUCGACCCUGAGCCCACAAGUGCGUUAGAAUGACGCGUUAAAAAUAUUUUUAAAAAAAAUAAAAAAAAUAUGUAAAAUGAACUCGAAACGAUGACAAAAAUUACUAUACUAUUAUAUAACUACAAAGGUUAGUACUAAUUUUUUUUCUAAUUAUCUUGAAAUCGUGUGCAAAUUGUCUGACUUGUCUUGCAUAUUUAUAAUUUCUCUUAAGGAUCACAACUUUUAACUGUAUUUUAUUACUUGUAGAUUAUUAUCAUUCAGCUAAUUGUGAAAUAAAGCUUUCGGAAGAAAUUACGCGAGUACGUGUUCUUUUUGUCAAUGUAUACAUUGAUAACAGGUGACUGCACUGAGUAGCUAUUUCUCUCUUUCUUACUAUUGUUUGUAAUCUUUCUCUUUUGGUUUGUGAAAUUAUGUUUAACUGUACAGAGGCAGUGGCUGUGUCCGGUGUUCUUAAUAAUGAAAGAGCAUAUAGUGAUAAUGUUUCGUAUUGGGGAAUGGUAGUUUAAAAAAAGUUAUCGAUUAGUAGAAUAAAUAAUAUGGCAAUGACAUAAUAGGAACUUUCGAGCACUUGCUACAGCUUGCUGUGUAACAGUAACAAUAAGUGUACAGAGAACGUAGCUGUUUCAUUGAUAUGUAAAGAGCAGUGCCUAUGUCAUCUUUUGACCACUAGAGUGAUUUCUUGACUCAGGAAAUGAGCAUGUCUAAAAACGUACAAAAUCGUCGUUAUCAAAUUUUACACGCAGUUCAGGAAAAGAUAUAUUUCUAAGCUUUUCACCCAUCUGAAAUUUAACAUGCCACUGCUGUGCGACAGACAGGACUAGUGUUGCUUGGUGAUCUAUGGUGUGAAACUACUACGGGUUUGAACGUGGCUUGCUGAUAUCUGAUAGAUUCCCUCCACUGGUCAUGUUGAUGCCAUAGCUUUGUAAGAUCGAGCAAUAAAACUAUGAGAUUAGCAGUAGUAAGAGAGAUUAAAGUAAUAAGAGAGAUUGAAUGCUUUGUCAAAGCAGGAAUUCGGGGUCACAUCAUGAAACUAUUAAAUCAUUACUGCCACUUGUGAUAAAAGCUAUAAUCUAUAGGAUUAAAAUUUCCACCAACAUAUCUUGAGCUGCUGGCAGUGUAGACUGGUGCAACCCCUCUAUAAACGUAUAAUAAAUUGGACAAGGUGAACGAGGUUCAGCUUUGGACCAGUCUAGAUGCUAGUGAUCUCACUAGUUUGAUCAAAACUGAGUUAGUUAUCACAAGGAUGCAACGUUUGUUAACUGAAACACAAAUACUGGCAUGUUGUACCACUGAAAACAGCUGUGCAAUUGUCCGAAACUUGUAUUUUUCGAAAGGCAAAUGAGUUUUUUACAGUUUACUAUAUUCGUUGUUAUAGUAUGUGUAUGAUAAAAUAAAAAAAUACUAUGCAAA